UGCAAAUUGCAAACAUUCUCAUUCUUUCUCUCCUUUUCAUCUUCUAAAAACUUCUUAGAUUUACUCCUCCCACUAUUUCUUUUCUUGGGUCUCUUUUGUUCUUCAUCAUUUCUUGUUUUUCAUUUGAAUAAACCAAUUUUUCCUUCUCUUGUGGGUCUCUUUUUCUUCUUCUUCACUCCAGUUUGGAAUCUUUUCCUUGUUUUUCUCCCUUGUUUCAAGCAUACACUAAAGACUCUCAAUGUUGUACUCAUAGCUAGUUCACAAGUAAACUCAUAAAAAAAAUUGUCAUUCCUACAAGAUAUGAAGUCACAUUGAAGUCUUCUCACCCAAUCCGAUUCGCUGUGUUUUCUUCGAUCUUCAAAGAAUUUUCUUUCUCUUGAAACAAUUCCAUGGCAACAGUUACUAUACCACCAGCUUGCAAAGCAACUUUAUCCUUCCAAAACAGUAAUCCGGAACUUCGUGAUCCGUCAUUCUCUUCUUAUCUUAGUAAUGCUGCUGAGGAACCUUUCGUGCUAAAACUUUCUGAGGCAAGCUCCAAACCAGAUACCAAGAGCAUUAGUAUUCCUCGAGAACCUAUAUAUCAAGUAAAUGCAGGCAGGAAGAAGAGUGAAGAUGGUGAAAUCGGCAUUUUCGGUGCUGAAAAAUACUUUGAUGGUGUAAUGGAUGUGGAUAAGACUAGAACCAAAGAGAAUGGUGCAAGGAAAAAUCAUAACAUGAAAGGAGAAAAAAUGAAUUUACGCCGCGGUCCCAAAUCUAAGUAUGGAACUCCAAGUACAUGUUCAGAGUUGAGUUCAAACAGCCAAAAAGCAUUAUUAAGAACUCCCAGUCGUCUAGACAGGUCGAACAGCAAGAAUAUUUUUGCGGCACUUGGUUGCAACUGCUAUUGUUCUGACAAGAAAUCUGUUGAUGUCGAUGAAAGCAUUGGAGAUUACAAUAAUAAUGAUCCGCCAAGCUUCUUUGAAAACAAACGAUCUAAUUCUACUAAAGCCAACAGCAAAGCUUUAAGAAAACUACCAAUGAAAGUUGAGCAGCAACCAAUUGGUUUUGCACAAAGAAUACAAACUUCACCAGAGUGGUUUAAGGAAGAACUUCCGUCUCAGAAGUUCGAUAAGUUGGGUCUUCAGUUUAACAAACAAGAGUUUCUUCCUCUACCAAAUUUGAAUGCUGGAGUACUGGAGAAUGUCGUAAACUUUGGAAGCAAGGAUGUGAAAGAAGAGCACAAAGAAGAAAAUAAACCACGAAAAUCUUUGGAUGUGUUCAGGGCUCCUAUCUUCAGCAAGGAAGAAUUGGCGCUGAACCUGCAAAGCAAGUUAACUCUGUUGAACUGGGAUGACAGUUGUCCAAAAGCAGAGAGAAUUCCAGCAGUGCUGACACGCAUCGAAAUGGACGACGACACUGCCAGUGAUACAAGUUCUGACCUAUUCGAGAUCAAGAACUUAUCUGGGAACCUUAACAACCCGUUUUUCCAGUCUAGUCAAGAAUCAGAGGAUGAAUCUACUUGUAUGUCUCCCACUACAUGUUACGAACCUAGCGAAGCGAGUAUUGAGUGGAGUGUUGUCACUGCGAGUGCUGCUAAUCUUUCAGUAGUUUCUUAUUCUGGUGAGCAAAUGCCAGUAACUGAAACCAAAACCCCGAACGCGUCAACAAAGAAUGUCAUACGCAAGGAGGUGCCAAAACGUUCGCUGAUAGGAUGUAAGAGUAGCAAAGCCGUGAAGGUGGUGACAGAUGCACAUCGCAUUCCUAAUAGACUGAACUCUGAGAAACAGAUGCAACAUACGACUAGGUUUCAAGCUGAGAGUGUUAAGGUGAAGGAGUCCGACUCUGUAAGCCAGCAACAUUCUACUCUGCCACGGUCUGCGCGUGUUUCACAUUCUAUGUACAUGAACUAGGCAUAUUAUCUAUUUCUCGCCAUCACCGGAUUCAGGAGUUCAUGUGAUUUUAUUGUAUGUCUGAAUGGUGAAACCCCAUUCUUACCUUCCAGUUAAACUGUCUGUACUUUUGUGUAUUGUUUUUGCUCUAGACAAGUCAGUAGUGUUUUCCAACAUUAAAUUUGAGCCCACCAAAUAUAGGUGGUAUAGCUUGGUACUGAAAGUUAUGAUAUUCAUCUAAGAGUUUCUACCACCAUGUGAAGAAAUUUCUGUCUAUCAAAAUUUAAAUUUCAGCCACAAA